AUGCCAUGGAGCGAUGCAGCAGAUGAGGCAGGCAAAGUGUCGGAAUCUGUCGAGAAAGACGGAUACACGCCACUGGUUCGGCCGUUGGAGAUUCGGGUUCUGAUUCUGCAUCCUGGCAAGAAAGGCUCUCCAGUCGAAUGCACCCUCAAACAUGGUCGCCUUGGGAGCAAGCUUCAGUUUGACGCUCUCUCAUACGUUUGGGGAAGUCCAGCCGCCACAGAGGAAAUCACUUGCAACAACAGACGGAGAAAGGUAGGCAGGAAUCUCUACGAUGCACUAGAGCGACUACGACUUCCGGACGAAGACAGGAUCCUGUGGAUUGAUGCGCUUUGUAUCAACCAAGCCGACAACAAGGAAAAGACGCAGCAGGUUCGCCUCAUGGGCGAGAUCUAUUCAAGAGCACGGAGAGUGCUCAUCUGGCUAGGAAAUCAUGAAGACGUAGAAGCUGGAGUUGGGAAACUGGCCUCACGACCAUCUGACGAGAAACAUGUCGACUGGACACCUCUCGAGCCCGUCUUCACAAACCUGCUGUUCUAUCAGGCCCAGGCUUUUCUCAUAUGGCUCGGAUUCGAGGGCGCAGUAAACAUGGGGGUGGCAAAGCUCGGGGAGCCGCAAUCCUCAACGCAGUUUGACUGGUCCUCGCUUAUACCCGUCAUCCAAAGCCCAUGGUUUAGCAGAGUUUGGUGUAUCCAAGAGCUAGUCUUGGCAUCGAAUCCCCUCAUAGUCACGCGUGAUUCCAUGAUUUCAUGGGAUGCGUUUGCCAAAGCUGUGUUGGAGCUCAGAAUGCAAUUUGAAGCCUAUCGAAUGAAGACACACCAUCGAGACAAUCAAUCGAUCGAGAACUUUUACUUCCUACACGACAUGCGACAAAGGCAUAAGAAGAGGAGGAAGCAAAGGCAUAGCCUACUAGAGCUGUUGUUCCUCACCCGAGGCUUUCAAGCUACAGACCCUCGAGACAAGUUGUUUGCGCUCGUGGCCCUAGCCGGAGACGUUUUAUCGUCGGAUUGGGAGGUGACGCCGAAUUACGAGUUGUCUGUUGCCGAGGUCUACCAUCGCUUCGCUCUCUGGCAUCUGACUCGCAAAAGGCAGUUUGAAGUCUUUUCUUUUGGUCGCAGCCAGCGUCUUCCUCCCUCUCCAGAGCUCGAGUUACUGCCUUCUUGGGUCCCCGACCUGACGAGGCCAGAUUUUGCCGCACCGCUUCCGAAACUGGAAUAUCUCUCGGUCAACUACAUCGAUCUGCGGUACGACGUGCUCAAAGAGUUUGGGCUGCGUAAGAAGUAUUUUGGAGAAGCCAUCAAGGUCUAUCAUGCGGAUCUGAAAUACCCUUGGUGGGCCCUUGGCCGCCAGGCCGAUUUCCGCCCAGCCCGCAUUGCUUUCUCCCAGGGUACAGCAGUGAUACACGCGGUAGGUACCAAGAUCGGGUCACUAAAGGCUUUGGGCAUGCCGUUUGGCCAGAAGAGCGCAAGUGAAGAAAUCAAGAGUAAGGAUUUGGUCUUCUAUUCCAACAUCUUGCACACAUAUGAGUGGCUCAACGAGACAUGGGGCUUUGUUGGUGAAAACAUGCUCGGCGACAAGUAUGCACGGCUUCCCAAAAACACAAUCGAUGCAGUAUGGCGUACGAUGAUAUGCUGUAUGACCUCAGAGGGUAAAAAUGCCCAGUUUACAAUUUAUUCACGUGCUGCGCAGUCCCUGUAUCAAAAUUUCUUGGACAACGCACAACGCCGUGAGGCCAAAAUACGAGACGACAGUCACACACUCACAAAAGGGAUUGAAGUCAAAAACAAUCUGCACGAUGCCAAAUACGGCACCGUGUCUCUCACAGAAGAUGAGAUAGCCAAGCUUCUUCUCAUUCACACAAGCGCGAUGAAAUGGUGUCCAGGACGCCGGUUUGCAGUCACAGAUGCGGCAGAUUUCGCCGCCGUUCCCAAGGCAGCGCAAGAGGGGGAUAUUAUCUGCAUCUUCAACGGGGGGAGAGUGCCUUAUGUUUUGAGGCCCUGCAGAAAUGGAGAGUACACUCUAGUUGGCGAAUGCUAUGUAGAUGGGAUGAUGAGAGGAGAGGUUAGGGACCGGUUCCCUCGACACUUACACGAGACAAGCUUCACGAUACAAUAG